ACUGUAAAUUUAUUUCUGUUUACUUCUUUUAAAAGUUCACCCGUGAAGAAAUUCUUAUGUUUAUUUUUUAGUAGAUCCUGUGUGUAUGUUUGACUGACAAGGUGAAAAUGUUCAAAAUAGCAAAAAAUAUAGAUAUUGCAAUACGAUUGUGACAUUCAUACUUGUGUUGUAAAAAUGAGGUUUUAAACCUAACCUAUCUUGUGAAGUUCUGAUAAACUUACCACAUACACAUUCAAGAAUUUGAAAAGUGAUAAGUAAUAACAGAUUUGUUGAUUGAUACCAGAUAUCAAAAUGUGAUAUAAAAUGGCCGGUCAAAAUGGUUCUAAGGAAAAAAUCAUUAAAGAAGGUUAUAUGAUCAAGAGAUCUCAAAAUAAAAAUUUUUACACACUAGUGAAUUACAAAAAAAGAUGGUUUGUUUUGACGAAGACCUAUCUCAUUUAUUAUGACAAUAAUGAGGCGAAAAGAAAAGAAAGAGGCCGUGUGGAGUUGCAACAAGUGCAUUCUAUCGAAGCAGCACUGGUGGUGGUGAACCCAGAGGAGAUUGGCUGCAAAGGGGAACUUUUUGCCUUUCAGAUAGGAUAUCAAUCGGAUAAUGACUACACCCUGUAUCUUUUGGCCUUCAAAGAUGAAGAUAGAGUAGAUUGGAUAUUGGCUUUGAGGCAAGCUUGUGUCAACAAUAAAAAUCUGAAACUCAGGUUCCAUUUUGGAAUUUGGAACGGGAAAAGAUGGAAUUGUUGCAGAACUAACUGCAGGGAUAGUAUAGGCUGUGAAAAUUCAACUUGGCGCUCCAGUCAAGAUUCUACUGACGAAACUAGAGAUAAGGAUAGUGAUAAGGAGAAUAAUCUUGCUAAAAGUACCCAGCCAAGUCCCAUAAUGCCGGGUGGUGCGACCCCUGGUACUCCAAAUUCCAAACAAAGGGAUAAAAUCCCCAUAAGGCCGAAGGUCGUAGUUGCUCUGUAUAAUUACAAGGCCAUCGAAAGUGGUGAUUUGUCACUGGAGAAAAACCAAGAAUACGAAGUGAUAGACGAUUCACAGGAGCACUGGUGGAGAGUCAAAGAUGCCAAAGGAAAUACUGGUUUUAUACCAAGCAACUAUGUGAAGGAGAAGGAAUUACUAGGUUUACAACAAUAUGAGUGGUAUGUCGGCGAUAUGUCUCGACAAAGGUCCGAGUCAUUACUCAAGCAGGAGGACAAAGAAGGCUGCUUUGUGGUCAGAAAUUCCUCAACCAAAGGACUUUACACUUUAUCACUAUACACCAAAAUACCUCACCCCCAUGUCAAGCAUUACCACAUCAAGCAGAAUUCCAGAGGCGAGUUCUUCUUAUCGGAAAAACAUUGUUGCAACAGUAUAGCGGACCUGAUCAACUACCACAAGCACAACAGCGGAGGACUAGCAUCUAGGCUGAAGACAAGCCCGUGCGACAGACCUGCACCUGCCACAGCUGGAUUGAGUCAUGAUAAAUGGGAAAUAGAUCAUAACGAACUGAUGCUCCUUGAGGAACUGGGCUCUGGACAGUUUGGAGUCGUGAGGAGGGGGAAAUGGAGAGGUUCGAUAGAUGUCGCUGUGAAAAUGAUGAAAGAGGGUACGAUGUCCGAGGAUGAUUUCAUCGAGGAAGCUAAAGUAAUGACAAAAUUACAACAUACAAACCUGGUGCAACUCUAUGGCGUUUGUAGUAAAAGCAGACCAAUAUUUAUUGUAACCGAAUAUAUGAGGUACGGUUCCUUACUCAAUCAUUUGAGGCGACAUGAAUCUAGUCUAUCGAAUAAUCAAGGUUUACUCCUGGAUAUGUGUAUACAAAUUUGCAAGGGCAUGUCUUACCUGGAAAGGCACAACUACAUCCACAGGGAUCUGGCCGCUCGAAACUGCCUGGUGGGCACUGAAAACAUCGUCAAAGUUGCUGAUUUUGGCCUGGCCCGAUACGUCCUGGACGAUCAGUACACCUCAUCAGGCGGCUCGAAGUUCCCCAUCAAAUGGGCUCCUCCAGAGGUGCUGAAUUUCACCAGAUUCUCGUCUAAGUCCGACGUGUGGGCCUACGGAGUUCUGAUGUGGGAAGUGUUCACCUGCGGCAAGAUGCCCUACGGCAGGCUCAAGAACACGGAAGUGGUGGAGAGAGUACAGAAGGGGCUGAUACUGGAGAAGCCGAAGGCUUGUUAUAAGGAAGUUUACGAUAUCAUGAGGAUGUGUUGGAGUCAUCUUCCCGAGAACAGGCCCUCAUUCCGUGUUCUGAAAGAACAAAUGCUGAUGAUCUCCCAGAAUAUAAUAGUCGAUUGACUGACUCAGAUCAUAUGCGACACCCUCAUCUACAAAUCCUCAGGUGGAGCACCUUCGUCGUCCAACCAGACGUUAGCUUCCUCUUCCGACCCUUGCUACAACUAUGAGCACACUUUGGUUGAACUGUGCAAUACAUUGAAAAGAGUUGUUCCCAAAAACAAACGCCUUCAAGAAACAGGCUCCAAGAAAUAUACAAAAUGAAGGAAUAAUGUGUGUUCAGAGUGUUUUACAGGGUGAUCCUCUAUGUAUAUAUGAAUUUUAUAUAUGUAUACAGUCUUGAAUUUUUUACAAAUGUAUAUUUCUAUGAAUUUGAGUUCCCCUGCAAACCCCUACAAAAAUGCCUCGUCAUAGUUGAAAUUUUCUAUCUGAUGUAAAACAUUCUUAUAAAUAUUGUGACAAGAAAAUUUCACCAAUGCAAGUUGUAUUAGUUUCUUCAGAAAUAAGUGAUAAUUAAUGUGUUUAUCUCAACAUAUAUGAAAAUGUGAGUAUUCAAAAUAUUUUGUGAUUUUUUUAUAUCUUUAUAUUAAGUCUUUUUUCUUAUCGCGCAUUUCAUAUUAUCUCAAACAGAUGCAUUUGAAACAUUCCUUUUCUGUCCUCUUUCAAUCAGAAAUUUCUAAAACAUUCCAUUCAAUUGGUUGAUAUUGGUGCCUCAUCAAUAUCAAGUGGUUUUGUGGUUUCUUGAUAUGUACUGAAUCUAAAAGAUCAGUUUUGGGACUAGUCAACAAUGGUGGUAUUGAUUAUAGUUUUUUAUUCAUAACUGCAUCAACUAAUUAUAAAAUAAGGGAUGAUUCAAAAUUAGUAUAAAUCCAAAUUCGAUAUAGUUUAGUAUAAAAUGUGAAAUCAGUUGUAAUGAAAAUAUUCGUGACAAUAUAUAGAGUAAGCAUAAAAUAUUUUCGAAACAAAAUUAAAAAAUUAGAUAUCUUUUUCUGCUUCUGGGAUAGAAUAAUGUUUUUCGAGCAGUUCUGAGCAAGAUUUUUUAUUGACAGUGUUAUUUUCAUCUAAAUAUUUUGAUAGUUCAGAUGAACAAGUGAAAAAAAAAUAUGGAAAAUGUGAACUGUUCAUACCACUGCCAAAUUUUAUUCUUUUAUGGUAAAAUUGAAAAUUUGUGUAAGAUAAUCAGCGUUUUCAUCGAGGCAGAAAGUAUUGUGAUGAUCAAACAAGAAAAUUUAAUUUUAUUAAUGUUAACUGUGUUCAACAAGUUAACGAUGUCAAGUAUGUGCAAGAAUUAGACAUUUGGGAGAUAUCCAAAUUUAAGUGUAUAAAAGCAAAUUUUUCUAAAUGAAAUAUUUUGUGCUAAUUUAAUUGAAAUUCCUGUCUGUAUAUAUAUAAUAUAGUGUAAAUUGACUGUUUAGCUGAAUAUAAUUCGAAUACUAUGUAUAUUAUGUCUAUGAUAUUAAAGAAUUGAUAGAAUAAUUGUUAUAUAAAGCAGUAUGAAUCCUGUAAGUAUACCUUACAUUAGAUCUAUAUACAACAAAUUAUUUUGUAUUUCUUUAGUAGUUGGUAAUAUUGAAUGAAAACAUUUGUUCACUCAGUACUUAUGUUGACAUGAAUAAUAUAUGACAAUGUUUUUUA